CCCGCGUGGGUGUGAAAGUGGGUAAAAUGGAGAUGUUGCGGUGUGUUGUCCUCGAGCCGUGGACUCUUUGGGGCCCGUCGAACUAAACUCGGCCGCUUUUUGUCCGCUGCUCACGCACGGCGGUGACUCCUCGGCGCGCGGGCGGGCAGGGUGGGAGUGAAAAGUGCACGAAAAUGUCGGAUACAAAGGUAAAAGUUGCAGUGAGAGUUCGGCCCAUGAACCGCAGGGAAAUUGAGCUGAAGACAAAAUGUGUGGUGGAUAUGGAGGAUAACCAAACAGUUCUGCACCCGCCGCCUUCUAAUGCUAAAGGAGAGAGCAGGUAAACAAAGUGUUGGGGGA